CGACGGUCAGCUUCUCGACGGAUCUUCCUAGCACAGCAAGCAUGUUCAAGGCCCUCGUGCUCUCCGCCGCGUGCUCGGCUGCUCUGGCUGGUCAUCAUUAUGCUCCAGUCUACGCAGCGAGACCCCACCAUUACCAACCCCUGUACGCGGCUGCCGAUGACGUCAAGGAGGUUCACGCAGAGCCGGUCUACGCACCACAGCCUUACUCGUUCGGAUACGAUACGGUCGACGAAUACGGCAACAAACAGUUCCGCCAAGAAACCUCGGAUGCCAGCAAUGCGAAAACUGGCUCUUACGGGUACACUGAUGCCAACGGGAUCUACCGUCGUGUAGAUUACGUCGCGGAUGCCGCUGGUUUCCGAGCCACCAUCUCGACCAACGAGCCCGGUACGAAGGCCGGACAGUCAGCUGAUGCGAUUUUCAACGCUCCGGAUGGAGUCAAAACAGCGACCCCGGUAGUCAAGGCGGCGUCAGCCUACCUCGUACCCACCUACGUCAGAGCCUACGCUCCCGCCGUGAAGCCCGGGUACGGCUACGGAUACCGCAAGCGCGCUUGAUCGUGUUGAGGCCGUAAACUUAUUUAUAUGAAAACCAAUGAAUGUAAAUGGGGAAGAGAAUGCCAAAUU